UGAGCGCGCAGACGCCAUUGGUAGGACUCACGAAAAAGGGAAAGGGGGGGGAUGGAGCCGCUGGGAGCUCAGACAUUUUGGGACUCUGGACUGGAAGCGGCUAGAACGCUCUCCGGGCUGCGCAUCCUGCAUAUUUGACGCUCCGUGGAGAUGCCUAGCCGAGGUGCGCGACCCGAGGACGGCUCCGGGCUGGUCCCUACCGACAACUCGACCCAGCACAAGGAAGAUCUUAGCAGCAAGAUUAAAGAACAAAAAAUUGUUGUGGAUGAACUUUCUAACCUGAAGAAGAACAGGAAAGUAUAUAGGCAGCAACAGAACAGCGACAUAUUCUUUCUUGCAGACCGAACAGAAAUGCUUUCUGAAAGCAAAAAUACAUUGGAUGAGCUGAGGAAAGAAUACCAAGAAAUAGAAAACGCAGAGAAGACCAAAAUCAAGAAAUAGUCAACUUGAUUUUACAUAGCAAUGUGUGGCAUUUGUUGUGCAGUAAGCUUCUCUGUUGAGCAUUUCAGCAAAGAUUUGAAAGAGGAUUUACUGUGUAAUCUUAAACGGCGGGGACCCAAUAGUAGUAAACAGUUGUUAAAGUCUAAUAUUAACUACCAGUGUUUAUUUUCUGGUCAUGUCCUUCACUUAAGAGGUGUGUUGACUGCCCAGCCUGUUGAAGAUGAAAGAGGCAAUGUAUUCCUGUGGAAUGGAGAAGUCUUUAGUGGAAUAAAGGUUGAAGCUGAAGAGAAUGAUACCCAAAUAA